AUCACCAACUAAUCACAUCUCUGUUGUGGCUGUCUUUGUAUACUGAUAAGUUUCUCUAUCUAGCUUCAUCAUACAAACACCAUUAAAUUUCCAGACACACAAAAUAAAUAAAAACACACACACACACACACUUGCUUAAAAAUGGUAGCUCAAAAUUAAUCUCGCACCUCAAAAAAAAAAAAAAAAACCUUUACUUCAAUGGCAUCAAUAAUCAUUUCUCCCACUUCAUCAUCACUAACUGUGAUUUCCCGCGAAAAAGGUAGUGAUUCAAAAUGCAAAUUCAACACACACCCAAGAAUUCUAGCAGCUUGUUUUGUAAAGGGUAGUCGAAAAAUAAGCCAAAAGGGUAGUGAAAGAUGCAGCAUUUACAAGACUAGUGUGAGAAAUGGAGUAAUGUGCUCAGCUGCAGCUGCUUCUGUGCUUCCCUCAGCUCUUUUAUUUGAUUGUGAUGGUGUUCUUGUCGAUACCGAGAAGGACGGUCAUCGCAUUUCUUUUAAUGAUACUUUUGCAGAGAAGGAAUUGGGUGUUACAUGGGAUGUUGAUUUGUACGGAGAGUUGCUCAAAAUUGGCGGUGGUAAAGAAAGGAUGACCGCUUAUUUUAAUAAGACAAAGUGGCCAGAAAAGGCUCCAAAGAGUGAAGAAGAACGGAAGGAUUUUAUUGCUUCACUUCACAAGCGAAAGACGGAGCUGUUUAUGGUCCUCAUUGAGAAGAAGUUGCUGCCUCUACGGCCUGGUGUUGCAAAAUUAAUCGAUCAGGCAUUUGCAAAAGGAGUAAAAGUUGCUGUGUGCAGUACUUCUAAUGAGAAGGCGGUGUCUGCUAUAGUUUCAUUUCUCCUGGGGCCUGAGAGAGCCGAAAAAAUCCAGAUCUUCGCUGGGGAUGUGGUUCCUCGUAAAAAGCCUGAUCCAGCUAUUUAUAACUUAGCAGCCAGCACCCUUGAGGUUGAUCCAUCAAGCUGUGUUGUUGUUGAAGAUAGUGCCAUAGGUCUUGCAGCUGCCAAAGCCGCUGGAAUGAAGUGUAUUGUAACAAAGAGUGGUUACACAGCAGAUGAGGACUUCCUAAAUGCAGAUGCAGUUUUCGAUUGCAUUGGGGAUCCCCCAGAAGAAAGGUUUGACCUGGCAUUCUGUGAAAGUCUUCUUCAGAAGCAGUUCGUCAAUUAGCUUGUAUAGCAUUGUAUCAUUCACCCAAGUUGUUCCACUUGUAUCAUAUACAAUACUCAGUGUUUACAAUUUAGCCAUCUGACUGUAACGUACAGCUUGUAUUCAAGAAGGCGACAGAUGUUUUACAAUUUUAUACCAUCUUCUACGAGUUGCUUCA